AUGACGUCCUCUAUUGCUACAUAUCAGUCCGCAACGAAGGCGUUUUCUACGCACGAUGGAGCCGACGAAAUCAUCGAGAAACUGAACAGAAUUCUCGACAAUGUUAACGAGAAGGUCACUGGUCCGGCGUAUGGCGGGCCGACUCGACUACUCCCCACCCUUUAUCUUGGUAACGAGAUGCAAGCUCGUAAUACCACUCGUCUGAGAACUCUUGGUAUCACUCACAUCAUCAACAUGGCCAGCAGCUACAUCACCACUGACCAGAAGUAUUACGGCUCCGACUUCGCCUAUUUGGGCAUCCCUUGCGAGGACACCGACAACUACGAUAUCAUUUCUGCCUUCGACAAGUGCAAAAAGCAUUAUUAUGACGCCAAACGCAGCGGCGGAGCGGCACUUGUACACUGUGUGAUGGGAAUCAACAGGAGCGGGUUCUGCGCCAUUGCUUUGGUAGCUCUGGACAUGAACGUCGACAUUCUGCAAGCAGCAUCCUAUGUUCAUGAUCGUCGCGAGUUCCUCCUAUCUAAUCGCGGUUUCCGUCGGCAGCUGGUGCAGUGGGCCGCCAGAGAAGGAAAACUGCCCCAGUGA